AACAUGAAAAGAUGUUCCUGGUAUAAAUGCCACACCACGCCCAGUGCACCCCAAUACAUUUUUCUGUGCCGGAGUAUGCGUACAUCGAAUUCUAUACUUCGUACAAUUACGGGUAUAUGUUGGCACUUUGCACCAUGGACAGCUGCGACGAACCAGAUUUCCUUGAGUUGAUGGCUGGCCCUUCGGGUGCAAUUGAUACCCAGGAAGACCCGGGUCUGGGACAAGGUGAAAAUUCAUCAAUCGGCGGAACUUUGAGCAAGCUGAAAGUUAAAGGCCGAAAGCCUAAGUGCUCAUUGGUCCCGUCAUCAGACACGGUUUCCCGGCAAGAAUUUGCGGAUGUUUCAGGGAAGCUUGCAUGUAUGGCCGAAGCCAUCGAAAACAUGCAGACUGUGAUACUUAGUCGACCCGCCAAGCGGCCUAGACUAUCAUCGGAUUCAGAAUCCGAUACAGAGAGUGCCUCAAAGGCCAUAGACGAGCUCCCACAAGAGAGUCAGCAGGGGCCGAAAACAUCAUGCCAUGACGAUCAGUUGUUGGACAAUUUUGAACAACUAUAUGCGGAGGACGCACCGACCGCCGAUGCAGUCAAUGAUAAAUUGGCUAAGAUAGUGGAUAAAAUGGUCCGCCACAAAUUGCCGGAGGACAAGGCCGUGGAAAAGCUGAAAGCUAUCCAAAGACCGACCAACGUCAAAAAUUUGGAGUGCAAACGGGUUAACCCCGAGAUAUGGAGCUCACUUAAGCCGAAGACCCGCUCUCAGGACAUAAAAUUCCAGAAAGUGCAACAGGCACUUCUUAAAGGAAUUAUACCCGUAGUUGGGGUAAUAAACUCACUGAUGUCCAGUCCCGCUGCCACUCAGGGAAUUCCUGAUUUCAAGAGUGAAAUCACUAAGCUAUUAGAUGCGGUGGCCAUUAUUGGACAUGCCAACCAGGAACUGAAUGUGCGAAGACGGGAUUUGAUUAAGCCAUUUUCCGGUCUGUGCUCGCCACAUGUGCCCGUAACAGGGUUUUUAUUUGGUGACGAUUUGCCCCAACAGUGCAAGGACAUACAGCAGACCAACAAAAUUGGCAACAAAGUUGGCUGGUCGACUUUCAGAGGAAACGACAAACAUGAUUGAAAACGAGCCAUGCAUCACAGCCACAGGGGUAACUCGACUUACACCACCAGCCAAUUCAGAGGAGGUGGUCAUUUAAACUACCAGCGCCAAAACAGACACCGAGACACUCGGUGGAAUGCCAAGCCACGGCAGGAUGUGGAGAUGGCAAAGUAAGCCCGCAUGUCCCUACAAGUACAACCACAAUGGUAGACUACACCCAUUGCGAGAUCGGCUGCAACUGAUGGCAUGCCAUUUGUCAGGGAAAACCUACAGAGCCAGGGAAUUUCGCAGCACGCUGCCGACAUUAUUAUCUCAUCCUGGCGGACUUCAACUAAGAAAUCUUACCGAUCAGCGAUCCAAAAAUGGGUUCUGUUCUGUGCUCGAACAAAGAGUGAUCCACUUCGAGCGACUGUAGCGGUGAUUCUAGACUGAUUAACAGAGGAAUUUGACAAAGGUAGUAGUUACAGCACUCUGAACACACUACGUAGUGCAUUGUCAGCGAUACUAGCCCCUAUAGAUGGAACACCAAUUGGAGCCCUCCCGCUGAUAAGAAGGUUCAUGACAGGUGUGUUCAACAUGAGACCUGCAAUGCCAAGAUAUACUUGUACAUGGGACGUUAAUACUGUGUUACAAUACCUAAAAAAUUUGGGUCCGUCUAAUAAGUUGUUCUUAAAGAACUCACUAUGAAGCUAGUUAUGCUUGUUGCUUUAAUUUCAGGACAAAGGUGUCAAACUUUAUCGUUACUGAACUUAGACGACGCUGAAGUUACAGCUACAAAAAUUAUCUUUGUUAUAUCUAAGUUGACGAAAACCAGCAAGAUUGGCAAACCGCCUGUUAGUUUGGUGCUACCCAAGUACACUCAUGAUGACCAACUUUGUGUCAUGGCGACGCUAAACAGUAUCUAAUUAAGACGAAACCCCUAAGGGGUACGCAACGGUGUUUGUUUGUAAGCUAUGCAUCACCCCACAAACAAGUAAGGUCAGAGACAAUAUCUCGCUGGAUCAAGAACACUUUGCAUGAGGCUGGCAUUGACACAGCCAAGUUCAAAGCACACAGUACUCGAUCUGCUGCCUGCAGUGCGGCCUUUCAAAAUGGAGUACCACUGAACGUUAUUUUAAGCACUGCCCAUUGGGCAAGAAGUAGUACUUUUGCUAAAUUCUAUAACAAACCGGUAGAGCAAACGAAUCACAGCUUUGCAAAUGCAGUUUUGGCUGGUACAACCAAGUAGGUUGGUUAUUUCCUUAAUUAAGAAAUGCUGACGAAUUUUGUUAUGUUAAUGCACAAUUUGUUCUUGCUUAUUUCAUGUUAACAACCUAAAGAGCUCAGAGUUAUAGCUCAUCUAUUAAACUGUGGUACAAAUGUAAACCAUCGAGUCAUAUACACAAUCAUGUCUUGUAUUGCAUGUUGCUCGUCUCUGUGCUCUAAAAUCUCAUGUAAGUCCGAAGUGGAGGUGAUGACGAGGUAGAAUUCUAAAA